CUGUGUUGUUGAUUCCGCACGUAGCGCAACUUUCAGUCACUCACCAUGGACUUCUCUGAUGAUAGUUUCGACCACCAUGAGGACUACUCCCCUACUAUGUUUACUACUCUGCCAUUCGGUGUACACGGUGGUAUGCAAGGCAUGGAGUUCGGUCGGAAGGCUGUCAGCGACUACACAAGCGGGUUGUUCGAGGAUUACGAAGAAAUCCCGGAGAGUAUUACUCAGUGCAUUGACGCAAUGCUAGGUGGGCCCACCCCCGAUUUUCUGGAUCCCACGAAAGCGUUGACGCGUGAGCAAGAAGUGAACACAGUAGCCGAAAAGAAGGCGAAGCGUGACCCCAACUGGUUCUCCACUCUGAAGAACGAUCACCUGAAGAAAUUGCUCCAGGUACUGGGUCUUCAUCGUAGCGGUACUAAGGCCCAGCUGGUCGAUCGACUUCUUGAUGAUCCUAUAGCCAGCAAAUACACCGAUCAACGAAACACAACACUGGCGUCAUUGGCCGAGAAACUGUCCGAGAAGGAACCUCAUGGGUGGCAAUAUGAUGCUAUUGGAGCAGGAGUUGGACAAGACGCGCGCUUCUCACGGAUACACUUGUUGAUGAAGAUGGAGAAAAAAGACGCGAUGAAAAACGACGAUACAGAUGAGUUGUUGUGACAUGUCCGUGUAUAUACCCGGGCACCAAAACUAUACGGCAUAUUCAUCAUUGACGCCGGGAUACUACGCAUGCUUUACCAUGGUAAGAGUUUGCACUCAAGGGUGGCUAUAUUCGGAAAACGUUUCAAUCAUGUCGCAGCUGACAAACUACCACAAUCAUCAGACACUUCUCUGGACUAUGUAAAUGAGGGACAACCACUUCUUCCCUCCCCCCCACAACACGCACACACACACACACUGGGAUCGCGAACACAGAAACUAUAUCGGAAUUAAGUAAUACAUAAAGCAACAAAUUUGAUGCUGCGUAGUCCAUGCUACUCAGGAUAAUAAUCGCU